ACAUUUAUUAUGUAAUCGUUUAUUUGAUUUUAGCUCGUAACCACACUGACGACAUUCACUCUGGACGUUUACUAUCUAAAUCCCUCUUCGUAAAGCACGGCGGAAAUGUCGUAACGACAAACCGCGCGUACACACACCUAUACAUACUGUACCUACAUACAAACGCUUACACGUGUAAACAUAUACACACGCGUGUGUGUCUGUAUAUAAAUACAUAUGUAUGUAUAUAUACCCACAUACAUACUCAUAUACACAGUGUGCGUUUUAAUAAAAACAGUCUUGCUGCGUUUCAUGUAUCAGCGUAGACAUCAACGCUAUAAACAUCUAUAACGCAGGGUUAUUAGUUGACCUCGUGUUUGACUACGACUUGACGCAUGCGCAGUUGAUCUGAAGACUUUGGGAAAUUUGAAGCGUUUGCAUUGUCUUGACAGCGUUUCCACUGUUUCGUGUAGCGCUGACCAGAAUUCAUGGCUUCACAGUUGCUCAGAAAAGAGGAAACCCUGACCAUGAGGAGACGAUUGAUCGGGCAAUCGUGCAAACUUUUUUAUUCAGACGACCCUGUCAAAAUUGUAAGAGCAAGGGGGCAAUAUCUUUUUGAUGAGAACGACAAGCGCUACCUUGACUGCAUCAGCAAUGUUCAUCAUGUGGGUCAUUGCCACCCUAGUGUUACAAAGGCUGCAGCUGAACAAAUGGACCUUUUGAACACCAACACCAGAUUCCUGCACGACAAUUUGGUCCUAUAUGCUGACCGCCUGGCUGCCACCUUGCCCGAGAGACUGUCUGUCUUCUAUUUCGUCAAUUCUGGCUCUGAGGCCAAUGAUCUUGCACUACGCUUGGCCCAGCAGUACACGCAACACGAAGAUGUCAUCGUACUCGAUCAUGCAUACCACGGUCAUUUAGUGUCCCUCAUCGACAUCAGCCCUUACAAGUUCAGGAAACUGACAGGACAAAAGGAAUGGGUUCAUGUGGCACCCUUACCAGAUACCUACAGAGGCAUGUACAAAGAGGAUGAGCCGGAUCCAGGCCAAGCUUAUGCAAAUACAGUCAAGAACUUAAUAGAGGAGGUGCACAAGAAAGGCCGCAAGAUCUCUGCCUUUUUUGCUGAAUCAAUGCCAAGUGUGGGAGGGCAAAUCAUUCUGCCGCAAGGGUACUCGCCCAAAGUUGCAGAGUAUGUUCACUCAGCGGGAGGGGUGUUUGUGUCAGACGAGGUGCAGACCGGCUUUGGACGUGUUGGAAGUCAUUUUUGGGCCUUUCAGCUGCAAGGAGCGGAUUUUUGUCCGGACAUAGUAACCAUGGGUAAGCCGAUGGGCAAUGGGCAUCCCAUUGCAUGCGUGGCAACUACAGUAGAGAUAGCAAGCGCUUUCACCGCCAAUGGCGUGGAAUACUUCAAUACGGUAACUGUCAUUUCUUUAUAUAAAGUCAAUUUUUUUGCAUGCUUAUUCUGUGGCUUUUUUUUUUUUUUAAACAAAAGUAUGAUUUUCAAAUUCUUGCAGUUUGGAGGGAACCCGGUAUCUUGUGCAAUUGGUCUGGCCGUCCUUGAUGUGAUAGAGAAAGAGGAUCUGAGAGGAAACGCCAAAAGGGUCGGGGCACAUCUGAAAGAUUUGCUCACAAAGCUGAAAAGUCGACAUAAAAUUAUUGGAGAUGUUAGAGGUGCUGGACUUUUUAUCGGAGUUGAGCUGGUAGAAGACAGAGAACUGAGGACACCCGCCACCAAAGCAGCAGCACAGGUGGUGAAAAGGCUCAAAGUGGAAGAUCAAAUUUGCCUCAGUACAGAUGGCCCGUGGGAAAGUGUCUUGAAGUUUAAACCGCCCAUGUGCUUCAAUAUGGAUGACGCGGAGCUGGUGGUGCGGUGCAUUGAUCGCAUACUCACAGAUAUUGAAGCCAUACCCUCCCUCAAAGUGGCGAUUUCUUAAGACAUGGAAGCCAAUCUGAGACUGGAAAAGGAAGACAUCUAGGGAAUAUGGACCAGUUCUGAAGGACUGCAAUGAGCAGAUUCCAUCAAAUUGGAGUUAAUACCUACAGUUCUACAAUACAAUUAAGUUUUGAAAUGUGACAGCUUCUUUUCAAUAAACUGACUUCAAUUGAAGAGACAGCCGUCCUUGAUAAUACUUAAUGCAUUUGCCUAAAUCAACUUCCAAACGUGUUCAAAAUUAGCACUUACCAGACCACACUCACACUAAUGUUCAAGUUUCGCAGUUCCACAUCUAGUGGGUUGAAUAUUAACACUGCAGGUGGCGAAGCCCUCUCCCGCAGCUUGUCAAUGAGGCAUCCGUCGCGAUGUUCACAUUACUCCGGAUAUAUUGAGCAAGCCAUUUAACAGUACAAUACAUUUAACAUUAACUUUACAAAUAAUAACAAAUAGAUCCAUUUGUAAUAUAAACCAAAAGUUUAUUUCUACCAAUUUGCCCAAGACACUAGAGGAAUGAGUAUCCAGUGAGAGAGAGGGGGUACCCUCUUACAUUUAACAGGCUUGCGUUGAGUUGUAUUACACUAGUAAAGCCACUUAAAAUUGCAGACACGAUCGGGGGGGGGGGAAGAAUCUCCAUAAAAGUCCAAAACAAAAAAAAAACAAAAAAAAAAAAAAUAAAAAUAAAAAUAAACAAAAAUGCUGGUUGUUUAAAUCUACUAGACCAUCAGCAAACAUU